UAGCGCUGAGGAUUUCCCGUCCGAGUCUUGACACCAAUCUUUCCGAGAUAUUGGCUGCUUGGGGCGAUCAGGCGUCAGGUUCAAUGGCUAACGUCUGAUCGCGUACUUCGAUCAGAGUUCCUUCGCAAACCGAAUCGUGGGCCAGCACGGAAACUGUGAUUCCAAGAAUUAGGUGAGCCAGAUUGCGAGGAAAUCGACUGUGUUGCGGGGUGGGCCACCUACUGUACGGACGUACUUCUUGUGGUUUCAUGUUCGGUUCCUCAGUCGGGGAUCUGGGUGCUCUUCUGCUUGUCUGCUCGCCCUGCCUCCUGGUGCUAGUUGUCGAAGACACUCGACGUCCAGACCGGAUGUCGUCGCCAGGAUGGAUCCUCAGUUAUUUAAUGCAGUCCCCCCGGCAUCCGGGUUACAUGUUGGUUAAGCUCUCCCCACCCUGUGAACGGGGCUGGUUGCGCGAAUCCGGGAACCAGAGUGGUUGGGUGGUUGGGUGUGCUGAUCACGGGCCGCUCUAAGGCAGUUGCCGACUGC